AAAAGAUCUUUAUAUCGCCACCCGAUUUGUGCCUUUUCUCCUUUUAACUGCACAUCUAUAUAGUACGUCCGGCUUGAGCACAGAUUGUUCUGGUGGUGAAUUGGCUUGCCACACUUCAGCGAACUUCAUCCCGAACGAGAACCCUGAUACAUGCAAGAUCUUGGUUAAUGUUUGCUCAGUUCUCAGCCAGACAUCAGCCAGUUGCUCCGACUACUUCUUCAUGCUCCGAACAUGUGCACUCUGGAAACACAAUCGAUUCGUGCUCGUUUUCAUACUGGGUUUUUUCCCUGUUGCCAUCAUAGCAUGUACCAGCACUGCCCUUGCCUCUCUUGUCACCACAUCUUAUGUUACCAGUGCCAUCCCAGGCAUCACAGGUUGUUAUAACACCGACAACUUCUUCGUUCCGUUUCUUCUCUUUUUUAUAUUGGAAUUAGGUCUUAUGUCUCUCAUACUCAUACAUGCCAUACGGAGCUGGCGGAUGGCCAGGGGCCGUCUGUACGCCGUCCUGGUGAAGAAUAACAUUUUUAUUAUGCAUGCGGUUUGUUACCACGUCAUGUUCCAAGAUUUACAGUUUAUCAUCCUCGCGAUCCUUGCCUUGCGCAUGCACCUGCAUUUCUGGCAGAUCGACCAGCAGCCACACAACAUGGACGCUUUCGUUUGUAUUUCUCUAUCCGACAUGUGACCUGUGGGCAGUACAUGGAAGGGAUUAACACGAUAUGCAGUGAUCAUCGAAGAUCUUCAGACGUCAGACUUUAAUGAAUCGAUGGUGAAGGGCACGCGUCAAACGAACAUUGUUGUUCGGGGGUGCAAAACCGUAGAAUCGUAGAUCUAUUAUCGCGGUAUGAACUUAUUGGAAAUCAACUCGCCAAGCAUCA